CUCGUUUUCCCUGGCCGAUCUGACAUGUUCCGCGGGUUGUACAUGUCCGCGGACAAUGGAUGAAUGAUCAAGAAAUGCAGGAAACUGGAGGUGAUUAGUGAGCGUGUCCGUACCAACCUCUCCCCAGCAAAAAGCAGAGGAAAAAGAAAGCAUGUAUAAAGAGGUACCUUGCGAGCAAUACAGGGUCCCCGAAAGUCAAGCAGAAACGUCCAGACCAGUGCCACCCCUUCACAAUGCGCCUCCUCCUCCCCUCCAUCCUCGCCCUCCUGGCAACGUCGUCUCCGCUCGUCCUCGCAAAAUGCACGACCUGCCCCUGCCGCCCAGACUCCCAUCCCAUCGCCGAAAAGGAUGACCUCCAGAUCUACACCUACCACGCCUCCCCCGUCCCGCUCACCUACCAAAACUCAACGGACCUCUCCUUCUCCCCAACAACAUUCACCCUCAUCGCAACAGACUCCGAAGCCGUCCUCGUCGACGCGCCCAUCACACCGGAGCGUGGAAAUGAACUCGCAGACUGGAUCGAGGAAACCGUCCCGGGCCGAACAAUCACGGCCGUCUACAUCACGCACGGACACGGCGAUCACUUUUUUGCCAUCCCCACAAUCCAGCAACGCUUCCCCGGCGUGAAGAUCCUUGCGACGCAGCAGGUGUAUGAUCACAUGGAGCAGCAGAUUGAACCGGAGUUCUUUGCGAGUUUUUGGGCGGCUCUGUUUCCGGACCUUGUUGCGCCGGUUCUUGAAGAUAUCACUAUCCUCGAAGAAACAUACCCGAGUCUAUCCUUCUACCUAAACAGCAACACUGGCCACGCCCACCACAAGAAACAGUACGAGCUCCGCGCGGUGGAAGUCGGCGAGGGCGACACGGUCAACUCGACCGUCCUGUACGUCCCCGACCUCCGCGCCGUCAUCACCGGCGACGUCGUCUACGGGCACUGCUACCAGUAUCUCGCCGAGAACCCUACGGCUGAACUCCGUGCUCAGUGGCUGGCGAGUAUCGACAAGGUUGCUGCGCUGAGGCCGAAGUACGUGAUCCCGUCGCAUGCGUUGCCUUCGGAGAAGUAUGGGGUUGAGCAUUUGAGAGAGACGAAGGAGUAUAUCCAGUUUUUUGAGAGGUUGUUGGAGACGACUGAGUCGUGGGAGGAGCUGGAGGAGGAGCUUGUGAGGAGGUUUGGGGAUCGCGAGGGGAGUUUUAUCCUGAGGUAUUCGGCGCAGAGUUUCUUUAAUGCGGCGUUUUAAGGUGGGGAUGUGAUGCCAGGAAGGGGGUUGUGAUGGGGUAGAGUUGUUAGCAAGCGUUGCUUAGCUGGUACAUUGUACAUAUAUACUCCAGUAGUGCAUAGUCUAUAGAUCCUUGUUUUGCUGAAUUGAUUCG